AUGAAUUUCGCCGGGAAAGUGGUCAUCGUUACCGGUGCUAGUUCCGGUAUUGGGGCAGCCACAGCAGUAUUCUUAUCGAAACUCGGUGCAAAACUAUCUUUGACCGGUAGAAAUGCGGACAAUUUACAGAAAAUAAGCAAGGACUGCGAGAAAGCGGCGCAAACAUUUGUAAUCCAAGCCGACCUAACCAAGGAGAAUGAUAUAGAAAAAAUUGUGAAAAAUACGAUUGAUCAUUAUGGCCAGUUGGAUGUUCUGAUUAACAACGCUGGUAUUAUCGAGACUGGUACUAUUGAAAAUACGUCUCUAGCUCAGUACGACCGGCUCAUGAACACUAAUGUUCGCUCGAUCUACUACCUCAGCAUGCUCGCAGUCCCGCAUUUGAUUAAGAGUAAAGGUAAUAUCGUAAACGUGUCCAGUGUGAACGGCAUUCGAUCCUUCCCCGGCGUGCUGGCAUACAAUAUAUCGAAGGCGUCUGUCGAUCAAUUCACCAGGUGUGUAGCCUUAGAACUGGCUCCUAAAGGAGUAAGAGUAAAUUGUGUAAACCCAGGAGUGAUUUUAACAGAACUCCAGAAGCGAGGUGGUCUCACUGAUGAACAGUAUGCUGCAUUUUUGGAAAGAACCAAAGAAACUCAUGCAUUGGGCAGACCAGGGAAGCCAGAUGAAGUGGCAGCUACUAUAGCUUUUCUUGCCAGUGACUUAGCAAGCAACAUCACUGGGGCCAGCCUGCCGGUUGAUGGAGGCCGUCAUGCUAUGUGCCCUCGUUAA